AUGAUGCCUCUUUUGGCGAAAUGGGAGGAAAUACGAGUUAUUGAGAAAAAUGCGAAUAAUAUCUUGAUGCCGAUUUUAUAUUAUUCUAAAGAGACUAUAACCGCUCUUUGCGAGAAAUUCAACACUAUUAAGGAAACUUGUCAACUGGAACGAUGCUUCUCUAGCGAUCCGAUUGGCAGUUUUGUGAACGCGCACUUUUCGUACGUGUGCACCGAUUCCAAAUUUGAUGAUAAUCAAAAGUGCAUUUCGUCUUCACUUCAGAAUUCGAACUGUACCGAUAUUAUUCAGGGAACUCCUCAAUUUGGCGCAACCUUGCUCUGCGAGAAGUUUGAGGCUUUCGAUCAAUGCGCGAAUGCAGCGGUGACGAAGUCAUGCGGGCCUGAAGCUUAUGAAAACGUGCAAUCUGCAAUCGUAGCUUAUGGAUGCUCUAUGGAAGACUCGCGAUUGGCUUCAACUGAAACAACGACAAUGGAAAUCACGACAAGUGUCGAAAAUGUGACAAAAAAUUCAACUAUCGAGGAAGAAGCUUCUGGAGAAGCUGAAACCGCGACGGAAGAAAUGCUAACAAUUGAGGCUGCAACCACUACGACCACCGCGUUCGUACCGACCAGACCGCCUGCGAAACAUCGACACCAUGGAGCUAAGAAUAUGACAGAUUGCUAUACAAGCAUUAUGGCAGACUUUGGCCGGCUUCUCCAAUCUGCUCCGCAUGCCUCAUUCGUUCGUUUUCCCUUGUUUGGCGUGAAGGCGAUGGAAUUGGAUGCGAUGUGUGCGAAAUUCGACGUUCUCAAUGAUUGUGUCGCCAGCUUCUGCGUCGGCAAUUGUCGAUUUCCACCGAUCAAGACGUUCGUCGAUACUCAAUUGAACGCGGCUUGCCGCCUACGAAAUACCGAUACGUUUGAAAUGGAUUUCACGUGUUUGCAAACGUCGCUGUUGGAGAAUCCGGAAUGUGUUGCGGAGUGCAUUUCGGAGAAGCUUCAGGAAGAGUGCUCCGACGAUACGGUGAAGCUUCUUGAAGAAAUGCAGAAGGGAAUGGAAUGCAAACUUUUGAAUAUUGACGAUGAUGUGGUCGAAGAAGGAAGCGCGGAAGGUUCUGGAGUGGAAGGAAGUGGAGAAGAUUUUAAGAGCAUCGCAGACGGCGAGAAUUCCCUUAUCGAUGUUCGAGCAAAGUGCAAUGAAGAGGUGGAAAUUGAUGCUCUUCGGUGUGUUGCUCCGAUGUUGAAGCUCUGGACAGGAAUAAAAGAGAAUCGAGUUGAAACGAAACAGGUGGUGUUCCCCAUCUUUCGAUUCUCGAAAAUCGAGCUCAUGGAGCUCUGCGAUUCCUACGUGAACUAUAAGAGAUGUAUGUUUCAAACGCGAUCGCAAGCUUGCAAAUCCCUACCAGUGAUUCGAUUCGCCGAUGAGCAUUUUGGACAAGUGUGUACCACGGAAACGAUUGAGGCGUCGAUUCGAACGUAUGAUUGUAUUCAAGGCAUCAAUCCGAAGUACUUGAAGGUGUGCAAUAUGUACACAAAGGGCGAGACAAUGCCCGGAAAGAGGAAAUGCGGCAAAGUGCGGCGUUACACAAAAUGUUUGCGGAAACAUGUCGAAGAUGAAUGCGGUCACUUGAUAUUGGCGCAUUAUGAUCAUGUGGUGGAUUGGUUUGGCUGCUAG